AUGCCUGCAUGGAGGAAGGAAGGGGACAUCCGAGAGAUUGUCCUGCACGUGCCGGGGUCCGUUUUCGAUUGGCGCACUCGCAUCUGCAAGGAUGCAGCCGUGACGGGCCCUCUUCAGGCAAGCGUCUGCAGCGGCUUUCGGUGGUUGCAUGGAGAGGCCAUGCAGGCAGAGCAUCGCCGGUCUGGUGCUCUGUUCUCGCAGCAUGCAGCUCGCAGGGAUGAUAGAGAAAAGAUUCGAGACCAGACAGACAGGAGAAUCUUGCUUGCCACUUUGCUCGCGCACUUCCGAACGAUCAUCUCCCGUUGUCAAAGUGAAUCAGGCACGUGCAGGGUGCAUCAAAGCACCCCCAGCCUUCAGCACACAUCGUCAGGACUCCGAGCCGUGAGAGAUCGGCCGAAGCCCCUGAAGGGUUCGUCCUUGGAGCUUACACCAAACCCUUCCUUGUGUGGUGUGCUCUUGCCACCACACAAAGACAGUCAAGGGAAAUUACAUGGUUCUUGUCAUUUCGUGCCACGUCUGUCAGAUUCCCAAACACUCGGUUCGAAGUGGACCUAUCCUGUGGAUUGUCGGCUCAGGGUUUAUAGGGUUUGGGGUUUAGGGUUUAGGGUUGGUUCGGGCGUAGGGUUGAGGGCUUAG